UUAUGGUAAAAAAUUUACGAAGUACUAUUGUCGAACUUUUGGAAGACAAACAAUAAACAGGAUCAGUAGUUAUAGCUAAUAGGGCAAUUAUAGUUAUAGAUUAUUGAAAUAAUAAUAUUUACUAAAUAGAGUUGUGAAGAUAUCCUCGGCCACCAUGAGUAUGAGGCCAGAUGAUCAUCGACGAAAAUGGGACAAGGAGGAAUUUGAGAGAAUCGCAUUUGAAAGAUUACAAGCCGAAUUAGACGAAGAAGAAAAUGCUAAAAAGAAACCUGCACCAGUCAAAAGAGAACUUCUGAAACAACGAGAAUACAAAGUUGAUUUAGAUUCUAAAUUGGGAAAGAGUGUGGUUAUCACUAAAAACACUCCCACCUCACAAUCUGGAGGUUACUAUUGUAAUGUUUGUGAUUGUGUGGUUAAGGAUUCAAUUAAUUUCUUGGAUCAUAUCAAUGGCAAAAAACAUCAAAGAAACCUUGGCAUGUCCAUGAAAAUAGAGAGAAGCAGCUUAGAACAGGUAAAGGCGAGAUUUGCACUAAACAAGCGUAAAUUGGAAGAGAAGAAGAGUGAGUAUGAACUUGACACGAGGUUAAAAGAAGCUGCCGAAGAGGAAGCCAGGCUGAAGGAGUUGCGACGCGAGAGACGGAGAGACAAGAAACGCAAGUUACAAGAAACUGAAGAACCAGAGGAUGGCCCGGCUCAGUCUGAGCUAGCCCAAAUUAUGGGAUUUUCUGGCUUUGGGGCCUCCAAAAAGUAGUUUGUGUUCAUCUAGCUGUAAUUUUUAAUAAUUUACAAUAAAAAAUAUUCAAUAGUUUGUAUUUUAUAAUUUUUUAUUAUUGAACCUAUACUAGAAGAAGUUAUUACAUCUGGCCAAGCCUUUCCUAUAUUGGGGUCACUUUUAAAUAUGAAAAGAAAUAUUUUUCAAUAGUUUAAUUAGGUUUUACUUCAAGUAUAACAAUAAAUUGUCAUUUUAUACUUUAUAUCAGCGCAAUAUAUAUUCAUGACAAUAAAAUAGAUGAAUGUAUUUAUAACUUCUACAACACAAUCAACAAGUUAAACAGUCUAUUGUAGCUUCGACGAACUUAUUAUAUGUUCGCUAUCAUGCGGAACUAAGGUCACCGUGAUACGAGUACACACUUGUUCUACCCACUACAUGCAACAUUGUAUAGAAAAAUGUUUCUAAUUUUAAAAUUAACCGUUAACAUAACGAAAACUAAGUUUUUGAACUGUGUCUGUUUACAAGAUAUAAUUUCUAUCAGAUAUAUUUAUAGAAAGUAAAUAAGUUCUGCAAAACAUUUUCUUACGAUGUGUUGGUUCACAUCUGAAGUAUUAAAUAAUAUAUUUCUUAAUUGUAUUUAUUUAUAGCAAUUUCCUAAAGGUAGCUGUUUUUUUUUAUAUCAAUAAAUAGUUGUUAAAUGUUGAUAGCAUAACUAUUGUUAUAAAAGAUGAGGAAAAAAACAAUUCAUUUGUAUUUGCUGAAGCAUCAAUGAUUACCAGUCACGGUUUCCGCUGUAUCCAGUGAAUGCCACGCCUCCAUAUAUAAUGAAGUUCAAAGUCACGAGAAACAUAAUUGUACCCGGAGCCAUGAAACGCAACAAUCUUGUACUAGUUCUAAUAGCAGUGUUUUUCUUUAUUAUAUCGUAUACAUCUUGUUAUCAGAUAUUACUUGAUAGUCCCGCGACAGACACACUUAAAAAUAAUGAUGUAAGAGCAAAACGGGAACUAGAAGAUUUAGAAAAUGAUGAUGAAUUUGCACUACCUUCAUCCCCUGGAAUGGAAGAGGAACCUGGUUUUUGGGAUAGAGUAGUUAAAAUAGCAAUGAAAAUAUUUAAUAAGUUUAUUGAGUGGCUGAACUCUUGAUUUUUUUUAUUAAACUGCAUGCAAUUUGUAUGAGAACAAA